AUGGUGAUCUACGGGUUUCCCCCCUCGCUACCGAAUGAUCUGCCUUCGACCGCCCAAGGUGCUUCACCAGGGAGCCAACUGGUCUGGAAGAAGGCGAAUGGCCAAUUCCGCACAUCGGACAAAAAUCUCCUCGACUCCGGCUACAUGUCCGACUGCACAGUCAUCUGUGGGAAUUCCAAUUGGGCCACCCAUAAGACGAUCUUAUGCAGCCGAAACAACUGGUUCCGUGUUGCCCUCGCCGGGGGUUUCAAGGAAGCCUUGACCGGAGUUGUCACGAUCGAAGACACUCGUCCGGAUGUAGUGCAGAUCGUUCUUGACAUAAUCUACACUGGAGUAAUCGACUGUUAUUGCUCCACCCCCACCGACCUUGUCGAGCUCUGGAAAGCCGGUGACUUCUUCGGAAUCCAAGACCUUUGCUCGGAGGCCGAGAAUGCCAUGUUCAGGCGACUGGAGGCUUCUGUUGAGUUCCUCGAAUUCAACCCGAAACACAAAGCCAGUCCUCCUGCGAAUAAGGACUGUCAUACCUCUAUGGUCGUCAACGAGCUCUGCGGCCACUUCAUACGAGAGACCCGAGUUUGCCCGGUCUCUAGUUCGCAAGGGAACGAUGUCUUCCGCGUGUGCGAGCCAGACGUGCUCGAUCAUCGGCCCAGCCUGUGCGAUCUCUGCGGGAGCGUACGCGACCUCUGCGAGAUAAGUACGAGAUAUGACGAAGUGUUGGACAACGUUCUCAACCAGAUGAGAGAUGCCGCCGACCAGCGCUCGAGGCGUUAUGAGCCGCGCCCAAUACCUGCUCGCCCCAAGGACGAGACCCGAGAGUCAGUCCAGAGUGAGAUUCAACAUCUCUGUGAGGCUUUGAAUAUCGCCCUCGCUGAUACUCCAAAAGAGUCUCGCAUACACACAAUGCUCCUCUACCACAUGUGCAAGACCAUUGUGGAGCCGUGGGGAGGGAUUGAGGUGUGCAGGUUCCUGGAGAGGCAGUACCCGGUAGCAUAG